AUGACAUUGACUUCAUGGUACAAUAUGGCUUUGACGGUGUCGACAUUUGCUUGCGAACGAGGUGGCAUCCCCGAGGAUAAGGUGAACAUGGUAUCUAUGUUCAAGGUCAUCCGAUCGACGUUUGAUGUGUCGGGUCACAAUUUUGGUCUGACGUUUACGGCUCCAUCUUCAUAUUGGUAUCUACAGCAUUUCGAUUUGAUUAGCUUGCUCAAUUUCGCAGACUGGGUCAACCUCAUGAGCUACGAUCUACAUGGUGUAUGGGAUGCCAAGGACAUUUUCAUCGGUAACAUAGUCCAGUCGCACACUAAUCUCACGGAGAUAAAGGACUCGAUCAAUCUCUUCCAACGUGUUGGCGUUCCCCUUGAUCGCAUCGUACUUGGACUUGGAUUCUAUGGUCGCUCUUUCGAGCUUAGUGAUCCAACGUGCUCAACGCCCGGGUGCUUGUUCAGUGGGCCAGCUCCAGGUGGACCGUGUACACAAUCUGACGGCACUCUAAGCUUUGCUGAGAUUCAAGAUAUCAUUCGGAUGAAUGGCACAAGUGACACAAAUAUCGUAUACGAUGCAAUUGCCCAGGUUAAAUAUGUCACGUAUGAUACGAACAAUUGGGUCAGCUAUGAUGAUUAUGAGACAUUGUCAGCCAAGGCGCAAUUUGCAAAGGAUGCUGGAAUGGGUACGUCAUGA